AUGACAGUGAUAUGUCUAACGCAUGCAGGGGGCGUUGUGCUGGCUCAGAACCUACCUAUUGAGGUACAUGCAUCGAAAAUUUAUACAAGGGCCAUGUUUGAAAAUUUUGGUGAGGCACUAUAUGAAUGUGGAUCAUAUGUUCUCAUCGAAGAUGUGCCUCGUCGUGAAUACACAGCGAGGCAUGUAAAGAAGGAUUCAAGGGACAAAUGGUGCAAAAAUGAAUUCCGCGUUCAGGUCAACGAGGAUGCAGACGAAUUCAAGUGUGAAUGUGGAAUGUUUGAACAUUUUGGCAUGGUGUGCAGCCAUGCCCUGAAGGAGGUCCCAGCCGGGCACAUAAUGAAGCGUUGGACAAGGGAUGCAAGGGACAUACUACCUCCAGAAUUUCUGCGUUACCAAAAGGAUCAGGGUCCUCUUAAGUACUCUUCGCGGCGACAUAAUAAUCUGCAUCUGAUGUGCCUUGAAAUUGUUAGGCUAGGUGACAGCAAUGUGGAUGCGUAUACUCUUGCGAUAGAGCAGCUACGAAAUGUGAAAAUGUUGCUCGAGCCGGUGGCUGCUAUACGUGAUGGCAUGGGAUUAUCAGACAGAGAGCUGGCAGGUGAUUUUGCAGGUUCAGCGACAGCACAGAAGCAGCAUUUUGGCCCAACAAAUCAGUUGCAAAGUGCCUCACAAUGUUCAGAUAGCUUUGCGGCGCCAUCCAAGAAGAGACCAGCGGGGCGCCCCACGACUAGCCGCGACAAAGCACCGUACGAACAGCCAGCUAAGAGGAGUAGGUUCUAUUCAAUCUGUCGUGGCCAAGGGCACAAGAGCACAACAUGUCCGCAGCGGGGUGAUCUGCCAAAGGCGCCAAGGAAGUCACCUCGCUGCUCCAGAUGCAGCCUGACAGGCCACAGAAGGAACACCUGCACCAACACGCCCAAGGCAGAUUUCUAUGGUUGA